AUGCUAACGCAGGCACUACAGCACUGGCAACUCAAAAAUCUCCUCUGUUCAGCAUCCUCCACAGCGCACAAUCGCGAACAACUCCUCUAUGUGUGCCGACAUAGCGUGCGCACGCUCGACUUUGCAGCCUCAUCGAUCGGUCUUGCGGGGCCCAAAUUUUCGUUUGAACCGAGAUCACUGACAUCGCGGUACGGCUGGAUUGUUGCUGGUGCUGAACAUGGCGUGCUAGCGAUCCUCGAUGAUCGCGGCGACCCGAGCACGUUGCAGGAAGGUCUGCGCAAACAAGAAGUCACGAUCGGUGGGUGUCUGGUGAAUGGCAUCCAUUUGUACAGAAAUGCAAAUGGUGAAGAGGUUGCGCUGGUCAGCAGUAAUGACCAUACCCUCAAGUCUUAUAAUGUCUCGCAAGGGAGACUAGAACGACCUAUGAGUAUGCAAACGGCGAUGAACCAUGCAACCGUCUCUCCCGAUGGACAGUGGAUGAUUGCAGUUGGGGAUAAUACAGAGUGCUACUUGUUCACGCAAGAAAGUGGCAGGUGGCGAAGACAAGGAAGUAUGACGGUCUCGACAGAUGCAUGUUUUGCUACCGGGUUCUCUGCUUCAGGCCGCAUGCUUGCUGUUGGUUCACAAGACGGGACCUGUUCACUGUUUGAUAUUCGCAUUACCAUCAACAAGCAGUCCUGUCUCUUCCGCUGUCGUACCUCGCGACCUUUUCCUCAUGGCAGCAUUCGUGCCCUGGCAUUUUCACCAAGUCCCCUCGACUUACUGGUCUUUACGGAGAGUACUUCCCAUGCGACAUUGCUUGAUUGUCGUGAUUUCUCACAGCCACAGCAGCGCUUGUCUGUACCACUGGCAGAUACAGCGAGAGAUAGGCAUCACGGUGAUGGGCACUAUGGCAUCGAUGGACGAGAUCGAGAGUUAUCUGGUGUGUGCUGGAGCAGAAGUGGAAGUCAAGUGUUUGUUGGAUCUGAGGAGACGGUGACGGGAUGGACGAUCAAUGCGACUGAACGCCGCUGCUUCCCUUCGUUGGAGAUGCGAUGA